AGGCCAUUACUAUGACGUAAACACUGAUUGUAGUGUCGCGUCAGUAAAACUCUGAAACAGAGACGUUCGGUUUUGGUCACAUUACGGCUGAAAGAAAAACUCUGAACUCACCGGAAUCACAAACGUCCGAUUAAGGAUGCACGCGCGUUAUAGCGCGCUGUAAUUCUUUUUAGACGCGCGCGAUUUAACUCCGCUGACACCUGCUAGCUCGCGAUGCUGUGGGCCGCGUGGGCGGUGCAGAGAGCGGUGGGAGGGGAGCAGAGGGGAGGGGGGCUGUCCGUGUCCGUGCUCGCUCACUGGUGGCAUUGUCAUGGAAACAAGACCACCGCCUUCGCUAUUGUCUCGCGCUCUGCCAAGUUUAUUAUAAACAGCGCGCGAGCCGCUGCGCGCUGUCAAACGGAGCGCGAGCGCAGAGCGAACCUCAGUCCAGGGAGGGGAGCCGAAGAGACGGACAGAGAGAGGGGAGAGUAGGGAGAGAGAGCGGAGCUGCAGAGAAAACAUCUGGAUUACUUACCAGCCGCGUGACGGUGACAUACAAACCUUAAAGCCCACAAAAGCCUGGAGAAACAAACCAACCGCGUCAGGAGAUUCUGGAGAAAAAAGUCCAACUCUGACUGGUUUAAACGACUCCCAGCAAUCCCAGAAACUAACAGCAGCCUCAGACCCGACUGAAGCCGCCCUGACCCGAGUUUCCAGCGCACUUCUUCACAGACCGGUGUCUGCGCCGGCUGACCUCCAUGUAUAAGAUGGAUUACUCAUACCUGAACUCCUAUGACUCCUGCAUGGCAGCCAUGGAAGCGUCGGCCUACGCGGACUUCAGCUCCUGCAGUCAGGCCAGCUCCUUCCAGUACAACCCGAUCCGGAGCGGCCCUUUCUCCAACCCUGGCUGCACUCCCCUCAGCACGACCAGCUGCACGCUGGGAGCCCUGCGAGAGCACCAGCCCACACCUUACUCCUCAGUCCCUUACAAGUUCUUCUCGGACCCAUCUGGCCUGAACGAGAAGAGGAAGCAGCGGCGUAUCAGGACCACGUUCACCAGCUCCCAGCUGAAGGAGCUGGAGCGCGUGUUCGCAGAGACGCACUACCCGGACAUCUACACCCGGGAGGAGCUGGCGCUGAAGAUAGACCUGACCGAGGCCCGAGUACAGGUGUGGUUUCAGAACAGACGUGCCAAGUUCCGUAAGCAGGAGCGCGCAGCCAAUGCCAAAGCCAACAGCUCUGCUGGCACCACAGGCAGCAGCACCAACAACAGCUCUGGAGGGAAAAAGGGCGGGGAGCCAAGAUCUUCAUCAGAUGAUGAUGAGUCUAAAGAGUCCACCUGUAGCCCCACACCUGACAGCACGGCCUCCCUGCCGGGCUCAGCCAAUGGAAACUUGGGGAGCCCUGCCAGUUUGAGCCCCAGUCCGGCUCCUGCCAACAGCAGCUACACCAACACCUCCAGCUCUCCGGUUCUCCAGGGGCUGAAGCCUCCCAGCUGGUCCAGUCUGGGGCCCUCCAACCCGGCCGUGGCGCAGCCCGCUGCCCAGACUCAGGAGAUUCUGAAGGCCUGGCAGCCAGCGGACAGUAUGACCGGGCCCUUUGCCGGAGUUCUGUCCUCUUUCCACAGAAAACCCAAUCCCACCAUCAAGACGAAUCUGUUCUGAAGAACAGAGCAAGACAAAUGAGAAACAAACUGUAAGCGAGAGGAGUUUCUAGCCUUUGUGGAGAGAGACAAGACUUGCCCAUUAAAACACUGAAUCCGUUGCUGUAGUCUGCUGCGGUCCAGCAAGGUUCUCAGUUCUUCUCUUACCGACUCAGAAAAUAAAAUCACAGGUCUGCUCACCAUCUGCCGUCCAAAAAUAUUAUGCAACAGUGCACACUGUACCUGUAAAACCUACCUUGACACGGGCAGUUUCCUCCCUUUCCUGCAAUGACUCCACUCUCACUCUCCGAUAAAACAAAGAGAAAUACUUUACUUAAUAACGGUAAACUAUACAGGCCCUUAAACUGUCCAUAUUUGCAUCGUCUUUUCGGUCUGUCUGGUGCACUUACAUUCCCACACUCACUGCACUGCAGCAAACUCGGUGGUGCAUGGCAGCAGCUCUGAUGAGUAUGGCGGUCAGGUACGAGUUUAAAGCAGAAAUCUAAACAUCACACUCUGAAAUCUGCUGGGGAAGCAAACUUUCACCCUCAAGCACAACUUCCUCUAAGCCCCCCCGACACACAGGCUUUCACCAGUUGGAAUAGGUUCCCCCCUAAAUCUCUUUGCCAAGCAGAGCAGGGGCACCCAAAAAUCCAAUUAGACCUGCCGGGUCUAGACCAGACAUCCCCAGUUCACCUCACGCUCCCCCCUCCUUCUUUACUGUAUCAAGUCCUCCAGAAUCCCACACUCUCGCCGUCCCAUCAUGCCUUUAUCUAUCAAACAGUUUGUCAGACUUUUGCAAGGCAAAGAGUUGGAGACUUUAAGGUGUUUCGACUCCAUUUUUAGUUCAUAUGCUGCUACUUCCUCCCCCGUUCUUUGUUCGGAAUAAAGCAGAUUGUAGCCUGAUUAUAUCUGACGUCUCUGACCGGACUGAAGCGAACAAAUGAGUUUGUACAGCAGGUUGCAGUCUGGGUUAGGGUCUUUAGCAGGCUUACGAGUCACACGUUUCUCUCCCAUAGGUGACAUGUGGGGUAAUCUGGCAAUACACUGAGAGAUGGAGUUUUGUACUGUAUCCGCAUUAAUACUCAGAUUUUGUUUCUUCUUUCCUUUUUUUUUUUAGCUUGCGAGAGUUGCUUGUAAAUCACCUCUAUUGCAUUUUGAUGAAACUCACUGGUUUCUGAGGAAGAAAAAAAAAGUAUUUAUUAAUAUUUUUAUUAUGUCAGUGAGAAACCUGCGCAUUUAUUUGAACUGCCCCAUAAAGUUUUGUGACUGUAAAUUCUGUAAUUAGUAAUAUAAAUAUUAGGUAGGCUUUGUUUUUGGUUUUUUGCUUUACAGAUCCAUUUCAUUGCAGAGCGCCUGUCUCACGGACCAACGCGUCAACGACAACUAUGGACUGACAGAAAGCUCGAGUGAAUGAGAUGUUAUAGCACUACUCUGAAUAUUCUAAUAAAUCUACAUUAUGGAGGCAUUACCUGGCACGCGUGGUGGUCUGGCUUCUUGUGUGUGGCAUCACCAUAACAGUGUUGUGUUUUAUGUGCAAACAUAUACAGGUUGUCAUACAAAUCCAAUUCCAAAAAAGUUGGGAUGCUGUGUAAAAUGUAAAUAAAAACAGAAUGCAAUGAUCUGCAAAUCUCAAUCUCAGUUAACAACAGAAUAGAAAAAACAAACAUAUGAAAUGUUUAAAUUGUGACUAUUUUAUAAAAUAUGAGCUCAAUGAGAAUUUGAUGGCAGCGAUGCAUCGCAAAAAAAUUGGGACAGGGGCAACAAAAGGCUAGAAGAGUCAGUGGUCCUAAAGAGAAACAGCUGAAGGAACAUUUUGCAACUAAUUGUGCUAAUCGGCAACAGGUCAGUAAUAAAAGAUGAUCAGGUAUAUAAAAUAAAGCAUCUUAGAGAGGCGAUUCUCCAGUCUACAAAUUGCAAAAUUAUUUUCUAAUAAUCUUCCUGAACAUAAAAUUGUGAAGACUUUACUAUCUCACCAUUCACAGCACAUAAUAUCACCAAAAGAUUCAGAGAAUCUGGAGAAACUUUGGAUAAAAACAGGCCUUAUUCUCUCAUGGAGAUCACAGCAUGGGCUCAGAAACAUCCAUGAAUCAUUAUCUGUGAGCACCGUGCCAUCCACAAAGGUUAAAGCUCUAUCGUGCAAAGAAGACGCUGCAUGUGAAGAUGAUUCAGGGGAACAAUGCACAUUUAAAAUGUCAUCACAAACUGAAACGUGAAAUGCUGCAUCCUCUGGAUGAAAGAGAGGAAGAUACUUUCCCAUCCUUGCAUAUUUUAGCAGGAUGAUGCUAAACCGCAUACUGCUGCAAGACUGCAGGUGCUGUACUGGCCUGCCAGCAGAACUUUCACCAAAUAUUAAAAAAAAACCCAAAAAACAACCCAAACAAACAUCUGGAGCAAUGAAACAAAAACUAUGACAGAAGAGUAAGGACUGCUGAUCAGCCAGAAUCUGAUAUCAGACAAGAACGGGACAGCAUUCCCCUCCCAGAAGUCUGUCAAGGUUUACGGACUGUUGUUAAAGGAAGAGGUGCAGAAUGUUAAACGCGCUCCUGCCAUAAAAUCAGAGUGAUCUUUUUUGUUCUUAAAAUCAUGAUUUUCCCCCCUCAAUUUACAUAGUUGAUAUGUUGCCUUUAUGACAUUUGUAAACCCAGCUCUCUCUUUUUUGAAGCAGGUCUACAGCUCACAGCUUCCUCUGCUGACG